AGGACCAAAUAUCUAGGUCUAAAAGUUCUUCGCACAGUAGUAGUCGUAAGUAACUGGGGCACAUCGCAUCGCACGCAUACAUAAACACUUUUGGGCUCUGCUCAGAAAGGGCGGAUUUGCGAUCAGUGAGAAAGAGAAAGAAGGAGCAAAUGUCCGGGGAGGUUGAAGAAGACGAAGAACGACGUCGUCAAAGGAAGCUUGAAGAAGCUCUUGAAGUCAAAUCCCUUCGCCGUAUUAUCAGUGCCUACCUCAAUUAUCCUGAGGCAGCAGAAGAGGAUAUCAGAAGAUAUGAAAGAUCUUUUAAGAAACUUCCACCUGCUCACAAGGCUUUACUGUCUCACUAUCCUUUAAAAUUCCAAAGUUUGAGAAGGUGUAUUUCUGUGAAUUCAUAUUUCAUAUUUAACAUGCUUCAGGCAUUUGAACCUCCUUUAGAUAUGAGCCAGGAUGUGGAUAAUUGUGAGGAUCCAAACCUAGAAAACUUUGAUCAUGACCAUUGCCAGUCUGAGGAGAGAAAUGCUUCCUCUUGUCAGUCUGCAUCAACCAGUGGAAGAGUGUGUUGUUCCAACCAUGCUCAAACUUGUUCUCAGGAAAGAAGCAGCAUAAUGAGCAAUCCAACAACAGAGGAGGUGCAAAGUGAUCAUCAACAUGAGCCCAUUUCUGGAAGCUGCGCUGGAGAAGUGGGAAAUAACGAAGAGAUAGCUGAAUGCUGUGGAAAUGAUGUUACUGAUUCUAAUGGGAAUGUUUUUUCACCUCCACAUGACUGGUUGGGUCCAUCAUUGCAGUUGAAUGUUCCAUUGGUUGAUAUUGAUAAGGUCCGUUGUAUAAUAAGGAAUAUCAUUAGAGAUUGGGCAGCAGAGGGAGAGAAAGAACGUUAUCAGUGCUACAAGCCCAUUCUUGAAGAGCUUGAUGCCCUAUUUCCCAAUCGCUCCAAGGAGAGCCCUCCUGCCUGUUUAGUUCCUGGUGCUGGACUUGGGCGGCUAGCCCUAGAGAUUUCAUGCCUUGGUUUCAUGAGUCAGGGAAAUGAAUUUUCAUACUACAUGAUGAUAUGUUCAAGUUUUAUUCUUAAUCAUACUCAAACAACUGGACAAUGGACAAUAUAUCCUUGGAUCCACAGCAACUGCAAUUCACUUUCAGACAAUGAUCAACUUCGCCCUGUUUUGAUACCGGAUAUUCUUCCGGCAAGUGCAGGGAUUACUGAAGGUUUUUCUAUGUGUGGUGGGGAUUUUGUUGAAGUCUAUAAUGAUUCCAGCCAGAUUGGAGUCUGGGAUGCUGUUGUGACUUGUUUCUUUAUUGACACAGCGCACAACAUCAUUGAGUACAUUGAAAUCAUAUCAAGAAUUUUGAAGGAGGGGGGAGUUUGGAUAAACUUUGGACCUCUACUUUAUCACUUUGCAGAUAUGUAUGGGCAGGAAGAUGAGAUGUCAAUUGAGUUGAGUUUGGAAGAUGUAAAGAAGAUUGCUUUACAUUAUGGAUUUCAGUUGGAGAAAGAACAAACCAUUGAAACAACCUAUACUACAAAUCCUCGAUCCAUGAUGCAAAACCAUUACCAUGCUGCAUUUUGGACAAUGCGAAAGAAAAGAACUUCUACAACAUAGCAUGCCAAGAGAUGAUAUGCAUCCCUGUAUCAACAUACCCUCAGUUGGGGAAAGUGAAGAACAGGGCAGGUGGGAAGCAGUCAGCUGGAAUGGAUUUAAUUUGGAUUAAAGUUUGAUCUUGCAUAGAAGCCAGGUUUUAAGUGUAAUACCUCACCAAAUAUGAUAAAAAGUGGGAAAGCUGAUGUCAAAAAAUUUUUAUUUAUUUUUCACAUUCGACAUUGUAACAAAUCAAUGGAACUAAAAGUCUAGCAUUCUAAAUCGAUUAUUGUUGUGUUCAAUUUUUCUGAAAGCCUCCAUUAUGUUUGAAUAUGUCCAAAACUUUGCAAGAGAAAUUAUGUUGUGUUGGAGGAAAUAUAUAAUAAGAUGGACAAAGUUGUAAAGGUUAUCUUUAUAAGUAUUUUUAUUGCUUUGAUUCUUUUGGACUUUUGUGAUAGAUGUUAGGGUUUGCUUCAAUUAUUUUCAACUUGUGGUAUGGACAAAUCAACUAUUUGUUCUUUAAUCAAGGUUUUGUUUUAUUGGGGU